UUGUUGGACUUUUUAGUUAAUAAACGACUUUCGACACGUGCGGUUCAUUUGUAGACGGAAAACGGAGACAUUUUUGUUAAACAAAAAUUGUCUAAAAAUAAAAAAAAAAAAAACAGUUAAAAACAAACAAUAAAACUAGUUACAACAAAAACAGAGUGAAUUUAGUGAAGCAAUAGAAACAAACAAACUAACACGACAUUUACAAAAAUAAAAACAACGGUUUUUUUUACAUAGAAAAACUAAACAACAGAAUAAAAGUGAGGAGUGACUACACAUAUAAAGUUUUUCUAUUUACAACAAAAUUUUUGUAUAAAAUCAACAAUUUAUUAUCAUGAAAUUGUCUAUGGGAAUGUAAUACUACCCCCAACUUGGUAGAGUUGUACUCAGAUUGCAAAUUAUAUCAUACUCGAAAUAAAUCAACAUUAAACGAAAAGAAACCUAAAACUAAAACAAAUAACUUGAGUGAAAAUAUUAAAGAAAAAAUGUUAAACAGGAGGUGUGUUUUGAGUUGCUGCGUCAGACCAUAAUGCACCAGUGACUUUCUUUUCCAUUAAAAUAAUUUCUACGAAAAAAGUGAAUUUAAAGAAGAAAUUUUAAAAUAAAAAAGUGAUUUUUUUAAAUAAAGAAAAUAUCCCCACAAAAAAAAAAAAAAAAAAAAUAACAAAAAGAAAAUGAAAAAAAUGCUAGUGUUGUUACAAUUUCCGUGUUUAAACAUGAUUAAAAAUUGAAUUAGUGCAUAAAUUAAAACAACAAAUUUGUUACUAAUAAUAUUAAUAUGAAUUAGAAAUUAAAAAAAUAAAAGAAUUAAAUAAAAAUCUUGAUAUUAUAUUAAAUAAAAAAAAAUAUAAAAAAACGAAAUUAAACGUUAUUUUUCAUUUCUGCAAAUUUAUUAAUUUUUUAUAAACUUUUACUCUUGCAACAAGUCACUACACUGCAUAGUUUUUGUUUGUUGCCCAACAAUAAUAAACACACACACAAAAAACUUGUAGAGUAAUAAUGGAUACAACCAAUUCAAGUAUUGAUACUGCCAACAGCAGUGGCAUGAGCACAAUGAGCAGCAACAACAGCAGCAGCAGCAACACAAAUGCAACAGAUACCACAGAUGGUUUGCCGUUUUGUUUUAUACGGGUAAGCACUUUUACAAUCGUUAACUAUUACAAAUGAUAAGUAAGUUCUAUUUGAUUAACUUUUGCAAUUUAUGGAAAAUUCUUUCGUAAUCUUUUAAAAGUCGUUAACCUCAUAAAAAAAAUCGUUUGGGAUUAAACUAAUGAAAAGCACGAUUUUCCAAUUAGUUGCAAAAAAUAAUGAAGCAAUUAAUCUUCAGUAAUCUUGUUCCACUUUCUAACUAUUUAGAUGAAGUUAAUAAAUAUGAAUAGACAAAUUUGUCUUCAAACUACUUCUAAGAUAUUGGCAAAAAAAAACAUAAAUGAAUAUUUAUUUUUUAACAGUUUUUUCAGUAAAAUCUAGUUUGCUGCUGAAAUUGUUAACGUUAAUCUUUUGCUUAAGUCAAUGACAAUUUGCUUCUGAAAUCUUUUUUUAAACACAAUUUAUUUAGCAUAAUUAUAAUGCUUUUGUUAAAAAAACGCAUAAAUCUGGUUUUUAAAGAUUAAAAUAUUCUUGAUUUCUUUGCUUUUUGACUUUGUAUGUAUUUUCUUAAUUUACUUUCUCUAUUCAUAUGAGUUUAAUAUCUUUGACAUCAAUUUUUUGAAGAUUACUGUUUUUGCUUUCUUUGGCCACAUCUUUGUAUUU